CUACUGUUUCGAAUGAAUUCAUUAUAGUACAAAGAUUAAAGUGCGGAUAAUUCAAAAGUCUAUAAUUAUUAAGCAUAAUUUAGUGUUAGUUGGCUUUUUGAAUGCCACGCCAGAAUACAAGAAAUCAAUAAUAUUUAUUGAUUUUAAUUAGAGGUCAAUCAGACCUCUAGUCUAGUUAGAAGUCUAUUAUAUUAAAUAGUAAUUUUAAAGAUAAGUAGAAUUAAAUAACAUUCUUAACAAUGGGUCCAAAAAGAUCAAACUUGCUUAGUUAUGAAAAUCUAGUCCAUGCGCUAGCUGGAUCCUCGGCGAGCGUCGUAGCUAUGGCCACUUUCUACCCCUUAGAUACCUUGCGAUCGAGGCUUCAAUUAGAAGAAUCUGUGAAGAUAGAGUCUAAAGGGACCUUCUCGAAGAUGCACAAACUGAUUGAAAAUGAAGGUUUUGAAACAUUGUAUAGAGGAAUGAUACCUGUCUUGAAGAGUUUAUGUGCUUCUAACUUUGUAUACUUUUAUACAUUCCAUGGAUUAAAACGUUUGUUUCACAAUGAUCAGCAAACUGCUCUCAAAGAUUUAUUCUUAGGCAUGGUUGCUGGUGCUUGUAAUGUUAUGGUUACCACUCCAUUGUGGGUUGUCAAUACACGUUUAAAAAUGAAAGGUAUCGAGGAUUCUGCAAAAGAUUAUGAAGGUUUAUUAGAUGGAUUAAUUAAAAUAUCAAAAGAAGAAGGCAUAUUUGGUCUAUGGGCUGGAGCAGUUCCAUCUUUGAUUUUAGUCAUUAAUCCCGCUAUACAAUUCAUGACUUACGAAAGUAUAAAACGACGGCUUUUAAGCAAUUUUAAAGAAAUUCCUUCUAGCGCAUAUUUUGCUCUAGGAGCAUUUUCUAAAAUUAUUGCUACUUGUUUGACAUAUCCGUUACAAUUAGUACAGACAAAACUGAGGCAUGGAAGAAAAGGAACUUCUGGUAGUUGCAAAAGAGAUAUUGGUAUCUUUCACAUGUUUAAAAAGAUAAUAGAAACGCAAGGAAUACCAGGAUUAUUUAGAGGAUUGGAAGCCAAAUUAUUACACACUGUACUGACAGUUGCUUUAAUGUUUGCUGUUUAUGAAAAAAUUACUACUUUUGUUCUGAAACUUUUGCUUCGAAAAUCUUCUAAAUAAUGCAAAAUUUAGUGUAAACAAUGGUUUGGGUAAGGAGUAUUUAUUAAAUAUAUAGAA